AUGCAGCAAUUCGUUAACGCUGCUCAGAGCUCCUCAACUGUGUCAGGCGGCGACCAUGUUCGACAUCCAUUUGAGACGCGGGUUGAGAAUGUGAAGCCAUCGAAGACAGAUAUCAACCAUGUUAUCCUGGACUACCUAAUCAACGAAGGCUACCCGUCAGCAGCCGAAAAUUUUGCCAAGGAGGCCAAUAUCCAAGAAGCCAACACUCAGCCACCAACCGAGGAAGACUCACUACGGGCACGCGUUGAAAUACGCUAUGCUAUAUAUCAUGGUGAUAUAGAAUCGGCUAUCAAGAAGAUCAACGAAUUCAAUACUGAGAUCCUGGACAAAGAUCCCGCCCUCCACUUUGCACUUCUCCGCCUACAACUUAUCGGGCUGAUUCGCACAUGUACGGCCACACCAAACGCCGAUAUCAUGCCUGCCAUAGAGUUUGCAUCCAGUGAGCUUGCCCCUCGAGCACCCACAAAGAGCGAGUUCCUCGAUGAUCUUGAGCAGACCAUGGCGCUCCUGAUUUUCCCGAAGGGUGAUCUCUCAGAGGAACUCAAUCGGCUUCUCGAACCCGGCAUGCGACAGGACGUUGCUACGAUGGUGAACGAGGCCAUACUUGCGUCUCAUGGCGCAAGACGGGAGGCGCGGAUUAGGAACCUAGUAAAACUCCGAGCAUGGGCUGAAACUACUGCCCGUGAAGAGAAGAAGGAGAUUCCCUCACGCAUCCCGUUGGGCCUCGAUACGGAAGAUGCCGAAAAUGGGGACGAGGAUGAAUCGAUGAAUGGGGCAGGUGAUGGGGAUGCUAUGGUGACAUGA